GUGGAGUUUGAAGGCCUGAAACAUGAAAUCAAAAGGCUUGAAGAGGAAACAGAAUUUCUCAACAGCCAGCUAGAAGAUGCCAUACGGCUGAAGGAGAUCUCUGAACGCCAGCUUGAGGAGGCCUUAGAGACGCUGAAAACAGAGCGGGAGCAGAAGAACAAUCUUCGUAAGGAGCUCUCUCACUACAUGAACAUCAACGACUCCAUGUACAACAGCCACCUGAACAUCUCUUUGGAUGGACUGAAGUUCAGCGAUGAAGCCACAGAGCCCAAUAACGAUGAAAUCAUGAACGGAUUUGAACAAAACUGCCUCAGUAAACUCAGCAAUGGCAAGAAUAGUACAUCAACGCCCAAGAAAAAUGAAAGCUUCCCUCCAGCCCCAAGCCUGGUUUCAGAUCUUCUGAGUGAAUUAAACAUUUCUGAAAUCCAGAAACUGAAACAGCAGCUUGUACAGAUGGAAAGAGAAAAGAUGAACUUGUUAGCAACGCUACAGGAAUCUCAGAAGCAGCUGGAAAAUACACGAGGGGCCCUCUCAGAGCAGCAUGAGAAAGUUGGCAGACUCACAGAGAACCUGAAUGCAAUGAAGAAGCUUCAGGUCAGCAAGGAGCGUCAGUCUGCCCUUGACAAUGAGAAGGACCGAGACAGCCACGAAGAUGGAGACUAUUAUGAAGUUGACAUCAAUGGGCCAGAGAUCCUAGAGUGCAAGUAUAAAGUGGCAGUGGCAGAGAUUGCUGACCUAAAGGAAGAGCUUAAAAAUCUUAAGGCCAAGUACGAAGAAUGUGAGUCUAAGUAUGAGGAAGAGAAGAGCAGGUAUGAGACUGAGAGCCAAGGUCUCACUGAAAAGAUCACCUCACUGGAAAAAUCCAGUCGGCAUGAUAGAGAACAGGUGGCCAGACUGGAGAAGGAGCUGAAGAAAGUCAGUGAUGUUGCUGGAGAAACACAGGGCAGCCUCAGUGUGGCCCAAGAUGAACUAGUCACCUUCAGUGAAGAACUGGCCAACUUAUACCACCAUGUCUGCAUGUGCAACAAUGAAACUCCAAACAGAGUGAUGCUGGAUUACUACAAGGAAGGCAAAGGUGGACGCAGUAGUCCAGAGGCCAAGGGAAGAAGGUCUCCUAUUCUUCUUUCCAAAGGGCUGUUAACCAUAGAUCUAGGAAAGGCAGAGAACGGAAGCGGUGACAGCAGCCCGUCUCCAGUGUCAUCUCUACCGUCUCCUGUGUCAGAUCCUCGGAAGGAACCAAUGAACAUUUACAACUUGAUUGCUAUAAUCCGGGAUCAGAUCAAACACCUGCAAGCUGCCGUGGACAGAACAACUGAGUUGUCCAGGCAGCGUGUUGCUACUCAAGAACUUGGGCCAGUGGUGGACAAAGACAAGGAAGCUCUCAUGGAAGAAAUCCUGAAGUUGAAGUCCCUGCUGAGCACCAAGAGAGAACAGAUAGCAACUCUGAGAACUGUGCUGAAGGCCAACAAACAGACUGCAGAGGUAGCCCUUGCCAACUUAAAAAGCAAGUAUGAAAAUGAGAAAGCUAUGGUUACGGAGACAAUGAUGAAGCUGCGAAAUGAGCUGAAGGCUUUGAAAGAGGAUGCUGCUACCUUCUCUUCCCUGAGAGCAAUGUUUGCUACAAGAUGUGACGAAUAUGUCACACAGCUGGAUGAAAUGCAGCGGCAGCUUGCAGCAGCUGAGGAUGAGAAGAAGACUCUGAACUCCUUGCUUCGAAUGGCUAUCCAGCAGAAACUGGCAUUGACCCAGCGCCUGGAACAUUUGGAGCUAGACCACGAGCAGUCCAAAAGGGUGCGCACAAAAUCUGCCUCCAAAGCCAAGAGCAGUAACCCUAGUGUAAGUCAUAUUCGGUCCUGCGGAGACAGGUCUGAAGGAUCUGUCCUUAACAACCAGGUUUUUUGUAGUGAAAAAUAUAAAAUCUAUUGUGACUAGGACAGGUGUGUAGAAAAAUCAUAUUAUGCAUCUUAUGUUAUGCUGUAACUGUCAGCGUAAAUCCCCACUAUCUAAUGUCGCAGUGAGUUGGCUUGUACUAGUAUGUUGUUGAACCAGGUAAUACAGAUUGUAUUAUGGUGGUCUUAACUGUAACUAAUCCAUAAGUGUGGGGAUGCUAUUAACAAGUUAAUAGUGGAAAGGAAUUAGCCGUUUCCACAAUUAACAUAUAUGAGUUUUGCUGUUUAUGGUAAGUGUUAAAAGCGUACACCUGAUAUAGUAUAUCUGGUG